AUGCUGGUGCUGCCGUCCCCCUGCCCCCAGCCCCUGGCGCUUCCCUCCGCUGAGGCCAUGGAGGCGCCUCCCCCUCGGACAGGCGGGUCCCCAGAACCCGGACCUUCCUCCUCCACAGGAUGUCCCCAGGCUUCGUCCCCUUCGAGGCCCAACCACUACCUGCUCAUAGACACCCAGGGCGUCCCGUACACCGUGCUGGUGGACGAGGAGUCUCAGAGAGAGUCCGGGCCCGAUGGGGCUUCGGCUCAGAAAAAGUGCUACAGCUGCCCAGUGUGCUCCCGGGUCUUCGAGUACAUGUCUUACCUUCAGCGACACAGCAUCACCCACUCGGAGGUCAAGCCCUUUGAGUGUGACACCUGCGGGAAGGCAUUCAAGCGGGCCAGCCACCUGGCGCGGCACCAUUCCAUUCACCGGGCGGGCGGCGGGCGGCCCCACGGCUGCCCGCUCUGCCCUCGCCGCUUCCGAGAGGCGGGCGAGCUGGCCCAGCACAGCCGGGUCCACUCCGGGGAGCGCCCCUACCAGUGCCCGCACUGCCCACGCCGAUUUAUGGAGCAGAACACGCUGCAGAAGCACGCUCGGUGGAAGCAUCCCUGA